AUGUUCUUAUCUAGACAGCAGAAAGAAGAAUAUUUUUUAAACGCCACUGGAUUCCAGCAAGGAAAAAUAUUUAUCCCUAAAGAAAAGCCCAUAGAAACCCGUACAGAAGAGAAAGUGACCCUGGAUCCGGAACUAGAAGAAGCUCUGGCCAGCGCUUCAGAUACUGAGCUCUAUGACCUUGCAGCGGUUCUUGGAGUGCACAACAUGGUCAACAACCCAAGAUUUGAUGAAGGAGGAGCCCGCAGUAAAGAUGGAAGAGGAACCGUGAGAAAUGUGGUGAAAGGUGAAAAAGUCAAGCCCAUCUUUGAGGAGCCACCUAAUCCGACCAACGUGGAAGCAAGUUUACAAAGGAUAAAAGCAAAUGAUCCUAGUCUCAUAGAAAUUAAUCUCAACAACAUAAAGAAUAUUCCUAUUCCAACACUGAAAGAAUUUGCAAAAGCUUUGGAAAGCAACACACAUGUGAAGAAAUUCAGCCUUGCAGCUACUCGAAGCAAUGACCCUGUAGCUAUUGCAUUUGCAGAUAUGUUGAAAGUCAACAAAACACUGAAGAGUCUGAAUGUAGAAUCCAACUUCAUCACUGGGACGGGUAUUUUGGCACUGAUCGAUGCACUGAAAGAGAACGAAUCCCUGACAGAGAUUAAAAUUGACAACCAGAGGCAGCAGCUCGGGACAGCUGUAGAGAUGGAGAUUGCCAAGAUGCUGGAAGAAAACUCCAAGAUUCUCAAGUUUGGAUACCAGUUCACAAAGCAAGGUCCAAGAACCAGGGUAGCAGCAGCUAUCACUAAAAACAAUGAUCUGGUUCGUAAAAAGCGAGUGGAAGGAGAGCGGCAGUAG